AUGGCCUCCCUCCUGCCCAUCAUCGACGACAUCCUGCCAAUGAUCCUACCCUCUUCCGUUUCCGUCACCAGAAAAUCCGAUAUAAUCCCACCAAUACCCCCAGUCAUCCCCACGACGACGGCCAACGGGGAAAGAGGGAGCCAUCGAGUGCGCGUUUACAGCCGAGAUGCCGUGGUCAACAAGUUGGACAAGGUUUGCUCAACGGUCCUCAUCCUCUCCCCCAACUCCUACUCCACCGUCCGCCACCACGGCGAACAAGACGCCAUCAUCUACGUCGCCUCGGGCAGCGGCGUGCUCCUGACUGCGCCCAAAGACGAAGGCAGCGAACCGGAACGGCAUGAGCUUGACCAGGGUGACUUUGCUGCUGUCCCGGCUUGGACGGAAUACCAGGCGUUGAACGAGUCGGCGGAGCAGGAUACGCAUUGGGUGAUUAUUCGCAGUGGGAGUCAUCCGGUGGAAGUGCACCUUAAGGGGUGGGGAAGGGGGAAAGCUGAGUAUCCGCCUUCGAGGGCCUGA